AUGCCUGGAAAUACAGCCGAACAACAGACCCCUAUGCAAACCGCGAGUAGUCGCUACUUGCGGAGAGACAGUCUUCAGGAUCUGCUUGAAAGACUGUUUCCUGGACAAACAGACUUUGGUAUUCAGCUUCUAGAAGACCAGUGGAUCUUCACUGCCCCUAGAAUAGUGGAGACUGCUGAGCUCGAUUCAGCGCAGGAUGAUUAG